AUGGUUAUGAUCGCUGGGCGGUUCGUAUGUUGUUAUCUACAAUAAGGUGUUUCUCUUCGAAUCACAAACAAAAUUUUGUGUGUAAAACGACUUUUGUGGAAUUAGUCAAGUUCUAGUCAGUUGGACGAGGUGUCAAUCUGCGGUCGAGUGUUGAGAAUGAAGUGGUUCAAAUGUCUGUGUCACCAAAAGAGGACUGACAAUACCUACGAGUCUCUUUCUACUGCCUUCACUAACGUCACUUUGAAGUCGAAUGUCAGAGACGAGUCUGCAGUCGAAGAAGGUAAAUGUAAGAAGAAACAUGAGAGUCAUGUUGUGGAUUGGAAUCAGGAGAUGUUGAAUCAAAGGAUCAAAAAGGUAAGGGAUCGUCUUGUUCAAUAUGCUUCUUAACUCCAUUUUAAAACCUAUAACAUCAAUUUUGACAAAUUAUAGCGGUUAAAAUAAGCAUGGUGGUAAAUGUAAUUUUAUUUUUCAGGAGCGUUACGAAAAGCAGUGCCUUCGGGAACGGCUACAAGAUGCAGCUACACUGAAUCGGAAUCUGGUGGUUUACGCCAAAGCUCUCGAAGAGGUUUGUAAUUAUAUUUCUAAAAAAUACAUUGUAAAUUGUAUUUUACUUUUUAUAUUUUGACUCGAUUACGUUCAAAUCCAUCUACAAUAACUUAAUUAACAAAAACUUAACAAUUUCAGGAGAACAAACAGAUCGCGAGGAGAGUAACAGCUGUCAGAAAAACGCAAAUGCAACUUAUGCAACAACUUAAAGCAGGCGUUUUAUCUGGAGAGGUCAGACAAGUAUCCAUCUGA